GCUCAGAAAGGAAGAAGGCAUUUUCUGUUGGCCUUCCAUCCAAGCUACAUUAUUAAUCUUGAUUAAUUAUUAUGGGGCAAGAAUGGCCUUAGAAAAUAAGGUCUUUUAGCUGAUGAGAAGAACCACAUGAAAUACACAGUAAUGUACAUUUGAUUCAGGGUAUGAAAAAAGAGACAUUGGUGAUACUUCUAUGGAAAAAGUGCUGCUGUAGGCUGAGAUGGCGAUUCAAGGCUUAAAACCUAUGAACUAUUAUUCUUUGAGAAAAAGAGGCAUUUUUAUGCUGAAACUUAUUUGUUUUACUCUGACUGUAUUCAUUUUCUGUGAAUUUUUAAUUUAUUAUGUAGUUAUAAUUCAGUGUCAUUGGCCGGAAUUGAAAAAUCAGAGUCUGGGGACUAACAAACAGAAUUCACAUUCUGUCUUGAAAACCAUCUUUUUAUCAGAUCCUCAUUUGCUUGGUAGAAUCAAUGGACAUUGGUUGGACAAGUUAAGGAGGGAAUGGCAGAUGGAGAGGGCCUUCCAAACUGCCCUCUGGCUUCUGCAGCCGGAAAUAGUUUUCAUCCUGGGCGAUAUCUUUGAUGAAGGGAAAUGGAGCUCUUCCCAGGCUUGGUCAGAUGAUGUAAGACGCUAUCAAAAAAUAUUUCGGCAUCCGGACCACACAGAAGUAUUUGGUAUUGUUGGCAAUCAUGACAUCGGCUUUCAUUAUGAGAUGACAUCAUUCAAACUGGAACGUUUCUCUAAAAGUUUCAACUUCUCUUCUGAAAAAGUAAUAACUCGGAAAGGGAUAAACUUUCUUAUAGUGAACAGUGUUGCUCUUGAAGGUGACAACUGUAUGAUUUGCAGAACAGCAGAAGCCAAACUCAUUGAACUUUCCCACCAACUGAAUUGCUCAUGGAAGGAACAAAAUCAAUAUAAGAAAAGCUGCAGUAAUGUGAAUAAACUCCCAGCCUCGGCUCCAAUUCUGUUGCAGCAUUAUCCUCUUUAUAGAAGAAGUGAUUCAGAAUGUACAGGGGAAGAUUCUGCUCCCCUGGAGAAAAAGAAUGACCUCUUUCGAGAGAAAUACGAUGUGCUUUCUCAAGAAGCUUCCCAGAAGCUAUUAUGGUGGUUUCAUCCUCGACUGAUUCUGAGUGGUCAUACCCACAGUGCCUGUGAAGUGCUUCAUAAUGGUAACAUUCAUGAAAUCAGUGUUCCAUCAUUCAGUUGGAGGAACAGAAACAAUCCUAGUUUCAUAAUGGGCAGCAUAACAUCAACAGAGGCCUCACUCUACAAGUGCUUUCUUCCAUACGAGAACACAGUAAUAACCAUUUACUGUACAGCAGGAUCUGUGCUGGUGGUCCUCAUUCUGGCUCACUUUCAGCCCCUUCUUUCCCCUUACCAUUUUGUUCAGCGUUUAAUCACUAAGUAUAAAGCACUAUGAAAAAGUCAGACACUUGGAAUCAGUCACUGACACACCAAAGCUAAAGAACAAUCCAUCAGACUACAUUCAUGCCAGCAAACGCGUACUUGAAUUGCUAGCCCAAAGGCAAACUGCUCUUACAGACAGAAAGCUCUAGACAGUUGAUAGGACUUUUUUUUUUUUUUUUACUACAGGUUAAAGUAACUGCUUCAUGCUGUACAAAAAUAUUGUAAUCUACAAUCAAAUGAAUGGUUUUCUUGCUAAAGUUUUUUUGUAUCAAAUAUGUAUAUUAAAAGUUUGUAACUGU